CUCUGCUUUUCUUUUUCUUUUCUUUUUUCAGGUUCAACGCAUUCAAGGCUCUGCUGCUGCAUCUCAUUCAUUAUUCUUUUAUUUUCUUUUUCAUUUUUAUUGUUUUCACAUUAUGGGUCUCUGAGCACAAAGGAAAAUGAUUUCUCUCCAAUUUUCUACCCCCAUUUUAAAUGGAUAAAUUCCAUUCAGCUGGCCUACAUCUGUGUUUAUGAUCAGUGAAAUACCCACCUGUCUUUUACUGUUGUCUUCUUGUGUUGUGUUUUCCUUUCAUUUUUCAAUAAACUCUCUCCAAAUACGUCUCUUUCUGCUGGUGGUUUUGGCUUGUUUUCCUGUUUCUCUCUGUCUAUUUGUCUUGGAAUCUCGAGAUUGGCGAUAAUAGACCACAACAGGACCCAACCUCUAGUUCUUUCUCAAGUGGGUCUUUGAGAAAAAGAGAAGCGAAACCCAUUAUCAAUCUGAUGAAAGCGAGAGUAGGCUCUCUUGGAGGAGAGAGCCUGCCAGAGACCAACACCAACAAAACCAACUCUAAUAAGGAAGAAGAUCACGAACCAACACCUGCGCAACAACAGCCCUUCUAAUCCCAAAUUGUCCUCCUGCGUUCCUGUAAUUGUUUUCUUUUUUUGGGUUGUUCUCUCCCUUGUUUGUAGCCUUUGUGCAUUUUGUGACCAGAAAAACACAUUCUUGGAACUUUCAUUAUUUUGGGUUAAUCUCUGUCAUGUCUAUGGCGCAUGUUAUGCACAACAAAGAGGCAUUAAAAAACCAACAGAUGGAUUCAGGUAAGUAUGUGAGGUAUACAACCGAGCAAGUAGAGGCUUUAGAGAGGGUGUACUUGGAGUGUCCAAAGCCUAGUUCUUUGAGAAGGCAGCAGCUUAUCAGGGAAUGCCCUAUCCUCUCUAACAUUGAGCCCAAACAGAUCAAAGUCUGGUUUCAGAACCGCAGAUGCCGCGAGAAGCAGAGGAAGGAAGCUUCCCGUCUUCAGACUGUCAACCGGAAGCUGACUGCUAUGAAUAAGUUGUUGAUGGAGGAGAAUGAUCGAUUGCAGAAGCAGGUGUCACAUCUGGUUUAUGAGAAUGGAUACAUGCAACAACAGCUGCACACUGCUUCUGCAACGACGACAGACAAUAGCUGUGAGUCUGUGGUCAUGAGUGGUCAGAACCAACAACAGCAAAACCCAACUCCUCUGCAUCCUAAAAAGGAUGCUAACAACCCAGCUGGUCUUCUCUCGAUAGCUGAGGAGACCCUGGCAGAGUUCCUUUCCAAGGCUACUGGAACUGCUGUCGACUGGGUCCAAAUGAUUGGGAUGAAGCCUGGUCCGGAUUCUAUGGGAAUCGUUGCUGUUUCCCGCAACUGUAGCGGUGUAGCAGCACGAGCCUGUGGCCUUGUGAGUCUAGAGCCCACAAAGGUUGCUGAAAUUCUCAAAGAUCGUCCAUCUUGGUUCCGUGAUUGCCGAUGUGUUGAUGUGUUGAGUUCAAUUCCUACGGGAAAUGGGGGGACAAUUGAGCUUAUGUACAUGCAGACUUAUGCUCCGACAACAUUGGCUGCAGCACGGGACUUUUGGACACUGAGAUAUACUACUAGUUUGGAAGAUGGGAGUUUUGUGAUAUGCGAGAGGUCAUUAACUAAUGCUACUGGUGGGCCGCCUGGGCCCCCCACCUCGGGGUUUAUUAGAGCUGAAAUGCUUCCUAGUGGAUAUCUAGUCCGACCCUGUGAGGGUGGAGGCUCCAUCAUUCACAUUGUUGACCAUGUUGAUUUAGAUGUUUGCAGUGUUCCUGAGGUUCUUAGGCCACUCUAUGAGUCAUCAAAGAUGAUUGCUCAGAAAAUGACCAUGGCUGCCUUGAGGCACAUUCGACAAAUUGCUCUUGAGACCAGUGGAGAAAUUCAGUAUGGUGGGGGUCGUCAGCCUGCUGUAUUGAGGACAUUUAGUCAGAGGCUCUGCAGGAGUUUCAAUGACGCUGUCAAUGGCUUCCUUGAUGAUGGUUGGUCACUUAUGGGUAGUGAUGGUCUGGAAGACGUGACCAUUAUGAUAAAUUCAUCACCAAACAAAUUUAUUGGGUCUCAAUAUAAUGCAUCAAUGUUCUCAUUUGGAGGGGGUGUGCUGUGUGCCAAGGCAUCAAUGCUGCUGCAGAAUGUUCCUCCUGCUUUGCUCGUUCGUUUUCUAAGGGAACAUCGUUCAGAGUGGGCUGACUAUGGGGUUGAUGCCUACUCUGCAGCAUGUCUCAAGUCUAGUCCUUAUGCAGUUCCAUGUGCAAGACCUGGUGGCUUCCCCAGUAGCCAGGUCAUUUUACCUCUUGCCCACACUGUGGAGAAUGAGGAGUUCUUGGAGGUAGUUCGACUAGAGGGUCAUGGUUUCACCCCCGAAUAUGUAGCAAUGGCGCGUGAUAUGUACUUAUUACAGCUGUGCAGUGGAGUUGAUGAGAAUGCAGUUGGUGCCUGUGCUCAGCUUGUUUUUGCUCCCAUUGACGAAUCUUUUGCUGAUGAUGCUCCUUUGCUGCCAUCUGGCUUCCGUGUCAUUCCGCUGGAUCCUAAAACAGAUGGGGCUGCUGCAUCUCGGACAUUGGAUUUGGCAUCUACUCUUGAAGUUGGAGCUGGUGGUGUCCGUCCAGCUAAUGAAACUGAUCUGAGCAAUUACAACCUUAGGUCGGUCCUGACUAUUGCAUUCCAAUUUACUUUUGAGAGCCACUUGCAAGACAAUGUUGCUGCUAUGGCUCGGUCCUAUGUACGAAGUGUGGUGGGGUCUGUCCAGAGGGUUGCAAUGGCUAUUGCUCCUUCCCAACUCGGCUCAAAUAUGGGACCAAAGUCUCUUCCUGGUUCUCCCGAGGCCGUUACAUUGGCACAAUGGGUUUGCAGAAGUUACAGGAUUCACACUGGGGGAGAACUGCUUCGCGGUGACUGCGAAGCUGGUGAUGGAUUGUUGAAGCAACUCUGGAAUCAUUCAGAUGCAAUCAUGUGCUGCUCUUUAAAGACAAAUGCAUCUCCAGUUUUCACCUUCGCGAACCAGGCUGGUCUUGAUAUGCUGGAGACCACUCUUGUCGCACUUCAAGACAUUAUGCUCGACAAGAUUCUUGAUGAAGCUGGUCGGAAGAUCCUCUGCAACGAGUUCUCAAAAAUCAUGCAGCAGGGAUUCGCAUAUCUGCCCGCAGGGAUCUGUAUAUCAAGCAUGGGGAGGCCGGUGUCGUACGAGGAUGCGGUUGCAUGGAAAGUUGUGAAUGAUGAGGACUCAAACCAUUGCCUUGCCUUCAUGUUCAUCAACUGGUCCUUUGUUUGACAUUGAUGAAUAAAGUUACUUUUGAAUCUGACUUGGCUAUCUAUUUAAGUUAUAUUUGCUCUAUGUUGGUACCUUAAAAGAUGCUAUAUGGCAUUAUGCUGGAUGUUAUAAUCGCAGGAUGUCGGAAAAACCUAUAUAUAAUGUGUAUGACUGGAUUAUGGUUUCUAUGGUCUUUGGAAGACAUGUUGGAA